CUAUCGUAGCUGUUGACGUUCACUCUCCUGUUAAACUGCUUCUGUACCUGGAAUCUGAUCCAAAACACACAGCGGCUCUCCACAAAUACCGCAGCAGUCGCCCUCACCCCCUGACCCCGGUGUAUCACUUUCCUUUUGACUUCCUGCUACGGAAAUCUUGAGACAUCAGGAUGGACGGCUUGAGUGUGCUGACUCCAGUUUCAAGGAGUCCUCAGGUGUGGAGCUGGUUGCUAAGGACUCCGUAGCAACAAACAUUAGUGUGACAGCAUCGACAGACAGGCAGCAAGCCGACACAUCCCUGCUGCUGCGAGUUAAGAUGGUGUCUGGAAAACAAGGAAUCAAACCCAGAUUUGGUCCAUCAAACAGAAUCUUGGAUCUGGCGCAACACAAAACCUCAAAAACGGUUUGGGCCACGACUCCUUGUGAGAAGCUGAACUGGGGCAACCAGGAGCCGAUAUGGCCCGUCUCUGCUUCAGCGCUCGGAGCCGUUCCAAGUCCAAGAAUCCAAUACCUAUCCAGGCACAAAAGAGACUUCUCAGCAUGGGAGGACCACCGGAGGAAAGAGGAGGAGGAGGAGGAGGAGGCGAGCUUCUUCAGGAAGACCCAGCGUCCUUGCUCCAGGACUUCCCAGUACGAGCACAUUGUCCGCUUGUCAACACCCAGAACCAGAAGCCGCGGCUCCCAGGAAGUCGGGCCUCCUCACACACCUCAGUGUGAGAAUAACUGUCCCGUCUGGCACGUCGAUCCCAAAAUGAAAACGUCUGUGAUCUCACUCAGACUGCUGCAGCUCUCCAAGCCCAAACUGAACCAUCCAGACUUCCAGAGCAACAGACAGAGUGUCGCGUCCGUCGUUUCUUUUGCUUCCACGACGGCUCAGAUCUCUCAGCGACUCGUCCAGCUGUCACUGCCCAGACUGAAGCAGAGCAACAUCUGCUGCGAGCUCGGACGCCCGGAGGAAUCAAUCUGGACUGUUCCCAGGGCAGCAAGGAAAGCCACGGCGAGCACUCGUGUUGAAAGGUUGGCGACACCGAAGCAGCUUUCCAAGGACUACAUCGCUCCACGAGAACCAACGUGGAGCCGGAAGAACGUCCUGUCCAGCUGAACCCCUCGACGUCACGACCAAAGUCAGUGCUCAUCCAGUUUUGUGUCCAUAAACAUAAACUGUAACGAUGAUCAGAGAGGACGUUCAGCCUGUCUAAAGAUCCUCAAAUUUAAUCUUUCUCGAAUUCUUUUGAGGGAACUCGAGUAGUUUUGAGUUUUUUCAAACAAAUUUCAAACAAAAGAAAGAAAAAUGAAGAUGAGCAAAGACACCAAGACAAAUAAUAAAAGAACAUUUUCAUAAAAUCAAGACCAACCAAAGUUUGAAACAUCUGGACGGGAAAACAAACUCGAAUUCCUCCGUCUGUGUCUUCACGGUUGUGUUAUUCUGGUUGUCUGUUGAUAUCAUUACCAUGUGUACAAAACCUUGAAUUAAAAAAAAGAAGAAGUUUGGACUGCGAUGUUAGAGUUCAUGAAAUAUCACUGCU